CUUUACGCCACGCAGACACACACACACACACACUCUUUCUCUCUCUAGAAUCGAGCUUUGAAUUGCAUGUAACGGUACGGAAACAGAGAGCGAGAGAGAGAGUUCAGAGCCGACUGACGGAGGGUUUCUGUGUUGCAUGUGAUUCACUAUGAAGAGGACCAUGCCAUUUGCUUUAGAUAUAUCAUCGGAUGAUGAUGAUGAACCUUCUCCAUCCAACGGAACCAAAAAUCUUGCUGGUGGCAAGCGACCAAAAAGUGAGACUGCAAUUAUCAAUCCUGCCAAAAAAGUAGAAACUGAAGAAUUAUUGACCAAAAGUGCAAAAAUGUAUCAAGAGUACAUGCAGCAGAUCCCAAUUCCGGCACAGCGUGGGACAGUCAUCCCGUUUGCCACAUGGAAAGAUCUAGCCACAUCCAUGAAACAGUUGUACCAGCAGCCGCUCCAUUACCUGACCAACAUUCGUAUGAAAGAGUGGGAUGAAAUGGCGAGUGACGAAGGUGCAGCAGCAUUAGACACCAUAAUUCAUCCGUGUAAAGCGGAAACUAACGUCUGGCUGAUGGAAGAAGUUCACAGGCUGACAUCGUCUUAUCAGUUUCUUGCUAAACUAUGGUUAGCUGAUCCAAAGUACCAUGCUUCCAUUGAUAAGGUUUUCCCCCAAUUAUGAAGCUGCCUGCUUAUUUCUCAUGUAAUCCUUCUUUACUAAUUGGCAUGUUUAGUUUAGUUUAGUUUUAGUUUAGUUUGCGUAAUCAGGGUUUACAAUAUCAGAAUUCUCUUGAGGAAAUUUCUUAUUGUGCUUUAUCUGCAACUUUUUCUUGUUUGUUUUUCAAUAAUCCACCACAUUCCUUGAAAUCAA